UCUCUGUCGGCGGCGAUGGCAGCAGCAGGAGGGCCGUUGAGGCGCUGAAGGAAGGAAGGAAGGGAGGAAAGAAGGGCGGAGCGUGAGGAGGAGGAGGAGGAGGAGAAGAGGAGGGGGCCAUGAGCGCUGUCCCUGCCUCCUGUAGCGGCUCCGCGCCCGGCGGCGGCGGUGGUGGCUUCUUCCUUUUCCCCAGCAGCAGUGGGACCUGCGCGGCCAUGGGGCCCGGGGAGCCUGCCGCCGCCGCCGCCGCCGCCGCCUUCGCAUCCCAAUGGCCGGCCCCAUCAGCAGCGUCAGGGCUGGCCUCUCCUUCUGGCGGAGCAGGAGGAGGAGGAGGAUGCCGUGGCCGCUACCAGCUGCUCCUUUCGGGCCGGGCCUUGGCGGAGAGGUACCGGAGGAUCUACACGGCGGCGGCGCUGAGCGAGAGGGAGCAGGCCGGGGGACACCUGGGGAGGUGUAAAAAACUUUUAAGCAAGAAGAAGCUAAAAAGAAAGCAGAAAAGUAAACUGAAAAUAAAAACUCGGAACAAGAGUGAAAACCUGGAUAGUAUGGUAACCAUACCAGACAUCAAACUUCACAGCAAUCCUUCAGCUUUCAAUGUCUAUUGCAACGUGCGGCAUUGUGUUCUGGAAUGGCAGAAAAGGGAAACCUCAGUGGCAUUGGCUUCAAAAAAUACAGUGCAGAGUGGUGAUUCUGAUAGUGAUGAAGAAGAAGAGGCUAAAGAACCACCUAUCAAGCUUCCAAAGAUCAUUGAAGUUGGACUAUGUGAGGUGUUUGAACUCAUCAAAGAGACAAGAUUUUCUCACCCUUCCCUUUGUUUAAGAAGUCUGCAGGCCCUACUUAAUGUGCUUCAAGGCCAGCAACCAGAAGGUCUCCAGUCAGAACCCCCUGAAGUUCUAGAGUCUCUGUUCCAGCUUCUUCUAGAAAUAACUGUUCGGAGUACUGGGAUGAAUGACAGUACUGGUCAGUCUUUGACAGCACUUUCCUGCGCUUGCCUCUUCAGUCUUGUAGCUGCAUGGGGAGAAACGGGAAGAACACUUCAGGCCAUCUCUGCUAUCCUCACCAACAACGGGAGCCAUGCUUGUCAAACUAUCCAGGUGCCAACCAUCUUAAAUUCCCUCCAGAGAAGUGUACAAGCAGUUCUGGUGGGCAAAAUACAAAUCCAAGAUUGGUUUAGCAAUGGGAUUAAGAAAGCUGCCCUAAUGCACAAGUGGUCACUGAAGGAAAUUUCUGUGGAUGAGGAUGACCAAUGUCUCCUACAGAGUGAUGGUUACUUCUUGUAUUUAUUAUGCAAAGAUGGACUAUACAAAAUCGGCUCUGGCUACAGUGGAACCGUCAGGGGCCAUAUAUAUAAUUCUACAUCUCGCAUCAGAAACAGGAAAGAGAAGAAAUCUUGGUUGGGCUAUGCUCAGGGUUAUUUGUUAUACAGAGAUGUGAACAAUCAUAGCAUGACAGCAAUAAGAAUAAAUCCCGAAUCUCUGGAGCAGGAUGGUACAGUAACUUUGCCAGAUUGCCAGACUGAAGGGCAGAAUAUUCUUUUCACUGAUGGAGAGUAUAUUAAUCAAAUAGCAGCUUCUAGAGAUGAUGGCUUUGUGGUUCGAAUAUUUGCAACAAGCACUGAACCAGUGCUACAGCAAGAACUGCAGCUUAAGCUUGCGAGAAAGUGUUUACAUGCUUGUGGUAUUUCAUUAUUUGAUCUGGAGAAAGACUUGCACAUUAUCAGUACAGGGUUUGAUGAGGAGUCAGCUCUUCUCGGUGCAGGAAGAGAAUUUGCACUCAUGAAAACGGCUAGUGGGAAGAUUUAUUACACUGGCAAAUAUCAGAGCCUUGGAAUCAAACAAGGUGGUCCUUCAUCAGGGAAGUGGGUAGAGCUGCCAAUCACCAAAUCUCCAAAGAUUGUUCAAUUCUCUGUUGGGCACGAUGGCUCCCAUGCCUUACUUGUUGCAGAAGAUGGAAGCAUAUUUUUCACAGGCUCAGCAAGUAAAGGAGAAGAUGGAGAAUCAACCAAAAGCAGGAGGCAGUCUAAACCUUAUAAACCCAAAAAGAUUAUCAAGAUGGAAGGAAAGAUUGUGGUGUAUACGGCGUGCAAUAACGGGAGUAGUUCUGUCAUUUCAAAAGAUGGGGAACUAUACAUGUUUGGAAAGGAUGCUAUUUACUCUGACAGCACAAGUUUAGUAACAGACUUGAAAGGCCAUUUUGCAACUCAGGUAGCUAUGGGCAAAGCUCAUACCUGUGUGCUAAUGAAGAAUGGAGAAGUUUGGACAUUUGGUGUGAAUAAUAAAGGUCAAUGUGGGCGAGACACAGGCUCCAUGAAUCAGGGAGGAAAAGGUUUUGGAGUAGAAAAUAUGGCAACAGCAAUGGAUGAAGAUUUAGAAGAAGAGCUAGAGGAAAAAGAUGAAAAAUCCAUGAUGUGUCCACCAGGCAUGCAUAAAUGGAAGCUGGAACAAUGUAUGGUGUGUACUGUUUGUGGAGAUUGCACUGGUUAUGGAGCAAGCUGUGUUAGCAGCGGGCGACCUGACAGAGUACCUGGAGGAAUCUGUGGCUGUGGCUCAGGUGAGUCUGGUUGUGCUGUGUGUGGCUGUUGCAAAGCCUGUGCUAGAGAAUUGGAUGGCCAGGAAGCAAGACAAAGAGGAAUCCUGGAUGCCGUUAAAGAAAUGAUACCUCUGGACCUUCUCCUAGCUGUCCCUGUGCCAGGUGUUAAUAUUGAAGAACAUCUCCAGUUACGACAAGAAGAAAAGCGGCAGCGUGUGAACAGGAGGCACAGACUGGAAGAAGGAAGAGGACCCUUUGUAUUUCCUGGUCCUAUUUUUAUGAACCAUCGAGAGCAGGCUCUAGCCAGAAUAAGAUCCCAUCCAUCACAGCUAAAGCAUAAACGGGACAAGCAUAAAGAUGGAAGUGGAGAUAGAAGUGAGAAGGAUGCCAGCAAAAUCACAACCUAUCCACCUGGGGCUGUCCGCUUUGACUGUGAACUUCGAGCAGUACAAGUCAGCUGUGGAUUUCACCAUUCAGUUGUAUUGAUGGAGAAUGGAGAUGUUUACACAUUUGGAUAUGGACAGCAUGGGCAGCUUGGGCAUGGUGAUGUUAAUUCCAGGGGAUGUCCUACUCUGGUACAGGCACUACCAGGACCUAGCACACAAGUUACUGCUGGCAGCAAUCAUACAGCCAUUCUCUUAAUGGAUGGACAAGUAUUCACCUUUGGAAGCUUCUCUAAAGGACAACUUGGCAGGCCCAUUUUGGAUGUUCCUUAUUGGAAUGCAAAACCAGCACCUAUGCCUAAUAUAGGAUCUAAAUAUGGACGCAAAGCUACUUGGAUUGGAGCCAGCGGUGACCAGACUUUUCUUCGGAUUGAUGAAGCUCUCAUUAACUCUCAUGUACUUGCUACAUCAGAAAUCUUUGCUAGCAAGCAAAUAAUAGGCUUGGUACCUGCUUCUAUAUCAGCGCCGCCUCCAUUUAAGUGUCUUUUGAUAAAUAAAGUUGAUGGAAGCUGUAAAACAUUUAAUGAUUCUGAACAGGAGGAUCUGCAAGGAUUUGCUGUAUGUUUAGAUCCUGUUUAUGAUGUAGUUUGGAGGUUUCGACCAGAUACAAGAGAGCUGUGGAGUUAUAAUGCCGUUGUAGCUGAUUCCAGGCUUCCCUCAUCACCUGACAUGCAGUCCCGUUGUAGCAUCUUAAGCCCAGAACUGGCUUUACCAACAGGGUCCAAAGCUCUAACAACAAGGUCACAUGCAGCUUUGCAUAUUCUAGGUUGUCUUGAUACAUUGGCUGCUAUGCAGGACUUAAAAAUGGGUGUGGCAAAUACAGAAGAAGAGACACAAGCAGUGAUGAAAGUAUAUUCCAAAGAAGACUAUAAUAUUGUCAACAGAUUUGAAAGUCAUGGAGGAGGUUGGGGUUACUCAGCCCACUCAGUGGAAGCAAUCCGCUUUUGUGCUGACACUGACAUUUUACUUGGUGGCCUUGGUCUCUUUGGAGGCAGGGGGGAAUACACUGCUAAAAUAAAGUUGUUUGAACUGGGUCCAGAUGGAGGUGAUCACGAGACAGAUGGUGACCUUCUUGCUGAAACUGAUGUCUUAGCGUAUGAUUGUGCUGCCAGGGAAAAGUAUGCAAUGAUGUUUGAUGAACCAGUUCUUUUGCAAGCUGGUUGGUGGUAUGUAGCCUGGGCAAGAGUAUCUGGUCCUAGCAGUGAUUGUGGGUCCCAUGGUCAAGCAUCCAUAACUACUGAUGAUGGAGUUGUCUUCCAGUUUAAGAGUUCCAAGAAAUCGAAUAAUGGUACUGAUGUUAAUGCGGGUCAGAUCCCUCAGUUACUGUACAGGCUGCCCACAAGUGAUGGCAGUGCAUCAAAAGGGAAACAGCAAACAAGUGAGCCUGUGCACAUUCUAAAGCGAUCUUUUGCCAGAACCGUCUCAGUGGAAUGCUUUGAAUCAUUGCUGAGCAUUCUUCAUUGGAGCUGGACAACCUUAGUGCUGGGAGUAGAAGAACUUCGGGGAUUGAAAGGAUUCCAGUAUACUGCUACACUUCUGGAUUUGGAAAGGCUUCGAUUUGUUGGCACUUGUUGCUUGAGAUUACUGCGUGUCUACACAUGUGAGAUAUAUCCAGUGUCAGCUACUACAAAAGCUGUUGUUGAAGAAACUAGCAAGCUGGCUGAUUGUAUUGGGAAGACUAGAACACUGCUAAGAAAAAUUUUAUCUGAAGGAGUUGAUCAUUGUAUGAUAAAGCUGGACAAUGACCCCCAAGGAUAUCUUACUCAGCCACUGAGUCUUCUUGAAGCUGUUCUUCAAGAGUGUCAUAACACAUUCACAGCUUGUUUUCAUUCUUUCUAUCCAACACCAGCUCUGCAGUGGGCUUGCCUUUGUGACUUACUAAAUUGUUUGGAUCAGGAUAUCCAAGAAGCAAAUUUUAAGACGUCAAGUAGCAGGCUUCUUGCAGCUGUAAUGUCAGCCCUCUGCCACACAUCUGUGAAACUUACCUCUAUCUUUCCCAUUGCUUAUGAUGGAGAAGUCUUACUGCGUUCUAUGGUAAAACAAGUUAGCACUGAAAAUGACUCUGCAUUGGCCCAUCGCUUCCCUUUACUGGUAGCACAUAUGGAAAAACUUAGUCAGAGUGAAGAAAAUAUCUCAGGGAUGACAAGCUUUCGUGAAGUGCUUGAAAAGAUGCUGGUUAUUGUUGUGUUGCCAGUCAGAAAUAGCCUCAGACGUGAAAAUGAGCUGUUCUCUGCACACCUUGUUUCUAACACUUGCGGACUACUUGCAAGUAUUGUGAGUGAACUCACAGCUUCUGCACUGGGAUCAGAGGUAGCUGAAGGACUUAACUCUCUUCAUUCUGUCAAGUCAAGCCCAAACCGAUUCACAAAAACAAGCCAAGGCAGAAGCUGGAACACUGGGAAUGGGUCCCCUGAUGCCAUUUGUUUCUCUGUAGAUAAACCUGGGGUCAUUGUUGUAGGAUUCUCUGUCUACGGUGGAGGUGGAAUCCAUGAAUAUGAACUGGAAGUUCUAGUUGAUGAUAGUGAUCAUACAGGAGAUUCAACUCACUCACAUAGAUGGACAUCUCUAGAAUUAGUUAAAGGAACCUAUACUACAGAUGACUCCCCAAGUGAUAUUGCUGAAAUUAAACUUGACAAAGUUGUUCCCCUGAAGGAAAAUGUGAAAUAUGCAGUCCGUUUGAGGAACUAUGGAAGUCGCACAGCGAACGGAGAUGGGGGAAUGACGACUGUCCAGUGUCCAGAUGGUGUAACAUUUACUUUCAGUACAUGCAGCUUGAGCAGCAAUGGCACAAAUCAAACACGUGGGCAGAUUCCACAGAUUCUUUAUUAUAGAAGUGAGUAUGAUGGUGAUCUACAGUCACAGCUCUUAAGUAAAGCCAAUGAAGAAGAUAAAAAUUGUAGCAGAGCACUUUCUGUCGUGAGUGCAGUGGUACGAGCUGCCAAAGACCUUUUACACAGGGCUCUUGCUGUAGAUGCUGAUGACAUUCCAGAACUUCUCAGCUCUUCCAGUCUGUUCUCUAUGCUUCUUCCUCUUAUCAUAGCUUAUAUCGGGCCUGUGGCUGCAGCUAUUCCUAAGGUUGCUGUUGAAGUUUUUGGCUUAGUUCAGCAGUUGCUUCCAUCUGUAGCAAUUUUGAAUCAGAAGUAUGCCCCUCCUGCCUUCAACCCCAAUCAAUCCACAGAUAGUACCACAGGAAACCAACCUGAACAAGGGCUCUCGGCUUGUACUACCUCGAACCAUUAUGCUGUUAUUGAAAGUGAACACCCCUACAAACCAGCAUGUGUUAUACAGUACAAGGUGACUUUUCCAGAAUGUGUUAGAUGGAUGACAGUAGAGUUUGAUGCUCAUUGUGGAACUGCUCAAUCAGAAGAUGUACUUCGCUUGCUCAUUCCUGCUCGAAUCAUCCAGAUUUCAGCAUUUGGACCAAAACAAUCUUCUGUUCAUGAAAAUCUCAAUUCUUGGAUAGAACUGAAGAAAUUUUCAGGCUCAUCUGGGUGGCCUACUAUGGUCUUAGUGUUACCAGGCAAUGAAGCACUUUUCUCAUUGGAAACGGCGUCAGACUAUGUGAAAGAUGAAAAGGCUACGUUUUAUGGUUUCAAGUGUUUUGCAAUUGGCUAUGAAUUUAGUCCAGGCUCUGAUGAGGGUAUCAUUCAGCUUGAAAAAGAACUGGCCAAUCUAGGAGGAGCAUGUGCAGCUGCUUUGAUGAAAAAGGAUCUGGCACUUCCCAUUGGCAAUGAAUUUGAAGAAGAUCUUGAGAUACUGGAAGAGGCUGCUCUGCAGGUUUGUAAAUCUCACUCAGGAAUCCUGGGUAAAGGUUUAGCAUUGUCUCAUUCACCGACUAUCUUGGAAGCACUUGAAGGAAAUCUUCCAUUGCAAGUACAAAGCAAUGAACAGUCAUUUUUGGAGGAUUUUAUUUCCUGUGUUCCAGGAUCAAGUGGAGGGCGGCUUGCACGAUGGCUUCAGCCAGAUUCAUAUGCAGAUCCCCAGAAAACAUCUUUGAUUUUGAAUAAAGAUGACAUCCGAUGUGGCUGGCCAACUGUUAUUACAGUGCAAACAAAAGACCAAUAUGGUGAUGUUGUUCAUGUGCCAAAUAUGAAGGUGGAAGUCAAAGCAAUUCCUGUUUCCCAGAAAAAAUCAUCUUUACAGCAAGAACAGGCAAAAAAACUGCAACGCAUUCCUGGUAGUCCAGCAAGUGGUGGUGGUGCUGCUGCUGCUAACACUGACAUGACCUUUGGAGGACUCCCGUCCCCCAAACUUGAUGCUUCAUAUGAACCGAUGAUAGUGAAGGAGGCUCGCUAUAUUGCUAUUACAAUGAUGAAGGUAUAUGAAAACUACUCUUUUGAAGAGUUACGCUUUGCUUCACCAACACCUAAGAGACCAAGUGAAAACAUGUUGAUCCGAGUCAACAAUGAUGGUACUUACUGUGCUAACUGGACCCCAGGAGCAGUUGGUCUUUACACCAUUCAUGUUACAAUUGAUGGCAUUGAAAUAGAUGCUGGCCUAGAAGUAAAGGUAAAAGAUCCUCCAAAAGGAAUGAUACCUCCAGGCACUCAGCUGGUAAAACCAAAAGCAGAGCCUUUACCAAACAAGGUUCGGAAAUUUGUGGCCAAGGACAGUGCAGGGCUUCGUAUCCGUAGCCACCCUUCCCUUCAGAGUGAGCAGAUAGGCAUAGUAAAAGUCAAUGGAUCCAUUACAUUUAUUGAUGAGAUUCAUAAUGAUGAUGGUGUAUGGCUACGACUGAAUGAUGAGACAAUAAGAAAAUAUGUUCCUAAUAUGAAUGGCUAUACUGAAGCCUGGUGCCUUUCAUUUAACCAGCAUCUUGGCAAGAGUCUUUUGGUCCCUAUUGAUAGUAUCUUUAAUGCUAGCCAAGGAGUCAGGGAUUUGGACUUAUUUGCAUGGACUUCCAAACCUUUUCCCUCUCAGGAGUCUAGAUCUAAUGCAGAUGACUUUUUCAAAGACCUAAACUCACACUGCCCUCAGGAAGCGGUAAUGCAGGAGCCAGAUAUGCCAUUCCUUCGUGGUGGGCCUGGAGUGUAUAAGGUAGUGAAGACUGGCCCCUCAGGUCACAACGUCAGAAGCUGUCCCAACCUUAGAGGUAUCCCAAUUGGAAUGUUAGUUCUGGGAAACAAAGUCAAGGCAGUAGGCGAGGUGACUAACUCUGAAGGGACAUGGGUGCAAAUGGAUAAGAACAGCAUGGUAGAGUUUUGUGAAAGUGAUGAAGGCGAAGCAUGGUCCUUGGCCAGAGACAGAGGUGGAAAUCAGUAUCUCCGGCACGAAGAUGAACAAAUUAUUCUAGAUCAAAAUGGACAGACUCCUCCACCAAGCCCUUUCUCACUGCAGACUUUCAAUAAGGGAACGGUGUGCAGUAAUGGACAAGGAUUUGAUUAUGGCCUUGGCAAUAACAAAGGUGACCAACUGAGUGCCAUACUGAAUUCCAUUCAGUCACGGCCUAGUCUCCCAGCUCCUUCCAUCUUUGAUCAAGCUGCAAAACCUCCCUCUUCCCUAGUCCACAGCCCAUUUGUGUUUGGACAGUCCCUUUCCUUCCAGCAACCUCAGCCACAGCUUCAGAAAACUCCAUCCCGCAGCCUUGCUUCUCGUGAGCGCAUUUACAAAAGUAAUGAUGUAGCUGUGCCUGCCUCUGCUAUUUCAUCUCUCUCACACAAACUGAAGGGUGAUAGAGUGAAUUUUUCUGCAUCUGCUAGACCAGUUUCUCCAGCUGGGAAGUCAGACAUGGCAUCAAAAUACAGAGUGGAUAGUAGGUCACCAAAGCCUGAAGGGCGCCUGAGCCAUCCUAUUGCAGACCAGAAGAAACCCAGAAAUAUGGAGAUCUUAUCUGCUAGUGAGACUCUGAUGCUGAAAUCAGACACUGGAAAGCUGAGGUCUGAUUCUCACAGCAGAUCACUGUCUCCAAACCAUAACACUUUGCAAACUUUAAAAUCUGAUGGAAGGACAACAUCUGGUCUGAGGGCAGAAUCACCAGGGCCAGGAACUCGGUCAUCCUCUCCUAAGAUACUCUCAGCUGGUAAAUCCUGUACUUCUGGAGUUGGGUCUCGACGGUCUUCAUCUCCUCAUGAUAAGUCUAUGUCUCAGAAGCCUUCAGCCCCUGUGAAAGCAAAGCUUGAUCCUCCUAGGGAGCGUUCUAAAUCAGACUCAUAUACACUGGACCCAGAUACUCUUCGGAAAAAGAAAGUGCCCCUAACAGAACCCCUAAGGGGACGCUCAACUUCUCCCAAACCAAAAAUUGCAUCAAAAGAUGGAAAACCUGUUAAUGAAACAGAAAACAGAGCCCCUUCCCCCCAUGUUGUGCAAGAAAACCUUCACAGUGAGGUUGUUGAAGUAUGCACUUCAAGUACUUUAAAGACAAACAGCAUUAUAGAUAGUACAUGCGAAGAUAAUUCUGAAUUCAAAAGUGUGGAUGAUGCCUCUAAUAAAGUUCAUUUCAGCAUAGGAAAAGCACCAUUGAGAGAUGAACAAGAUACAAGAGCAUCUCCAAAAGUGAGCCGCAAGUGUACAAAUAGGCAUGUGAGGCCCAAGAAGGAAAAGUCUGUCUGUCUUUUCAAAGGUGAUGGGGCCAGAUCCAUAGAGCCUGCCAAGCAAGCCAUGUCUCCCUCUGUGGCAGAGUGUGCUCGGGCUGUCUUUGCUUCUUUUCUGUGGCAUGAAGGAAUAGUCCAUGAUGCAAUGGCCUGCUCAUCCUUUUUGAAAUUUAAUCCUGAACUUUCUAAAGAACAUGCACCAAUUAGAAGCAAUCUUGGCCAACAGCCCAUAGAGGAAAAAGAAACUAAGCUAAAGAAUAGGCAUUCCCUGGAAAUAUCAUCUGCUCUGAAUAUGUUUAAUAUAGCCCCUCAUGGGCCUGACAUAUCAAAAAUGGGAAGUAUUAAUAAAAACAAGGUUCUGUCUAUGCUUAAAGAGCCUCCUCUUCAUGAACGAUGUGAGGAUGGAAAAAGUGAAACUACCUCUUUUGAAACAUCUGGUCAUCAUACAAUGAAGUCCAAAUCGCCACUUCCCUUAACGCUGCAGCACCUGGUAGCCUUUUGGGAAGAUAUUUCUCUGGCCACUAUCAAGGCAGCAUCUCAGAACAUGAUUUUUCCAAGCCCUGGGUCCUGUGCUGUGUUAAAGAAGAAAGAAAGUGAUAAAGAUAACAAGAAAUCCAAAAAGGAGAAGAAGAAAAAAGAAAAGGCUGAGGCAAGACCAAGGGGAAACCUCUUUGGUGAAAUGGCCCAGCUUGCAGUUGGUGGACCAGAAAAGGAUACCAUCUGUGAACUCUGUGGGGAAUCCCACCCAUAUCCAGUCACCUAUCACAUGAGACAAGCUCAUCCAGGUUGUGGCCGCUACGCAGGCGGACAAGGCUAUAACAGUAUUGGACAUUUUUGUGGCGGAUGGGCUGGUAAUUGUGGUGAUGGUGGCAUAGGAGGAAGCACAUGGUACCUUGUCUGUGACCGAUGCAGAGAAAAAUAUCUCCGUGAAAAGCAGGCUGCAGCAAGAGAAAAGGUCAAACAAUCUAGGAGAAAGCCAAUGCAAGUUAAGACACCUCGUGCCUUGCCUACCAUGGAAGCUCAUCAAGUGAUCAAAGCAAAUGCACUGUUCUUGCUGGCCUUGAGCAGUGCUGCAGAACCCAGUAUUUUGUGUUACCACCCUUCCAAACCAUUCCAGUCACAGCUACCUAGCGUCAAGGAAGGCAUCUCAGAGGAUUUCCCAGUUAAAAUGACAUGUCUCUAUCUUCAGACAUUAGCAAGACAUCAUCAUGAAAGCUUUGUUGGUUACCAAGAUGAUAACCUCUUUCAGGAUGAGAUGAGGUAUCUGCGUUCAACGUCAGUACCUGCCCCUUACAUAUCUGUCACUCCUGAUGCCAGUCCUAAUGUCUUUGAGGAGCCUGAAAGUAACAUGAAGUCCAUGCCACCAAGUUUAGAGACCAGCCCCAUCACAGAUACGGAUCUUGCAAAGCGCACAGUUUUUCAAAGGUCAUAUUCAGUUGUAGCAUCCGAAUAUGACAAGCAACACUCCAUUUUACCUGCACGAGUAAAGGCCAUUCCCAGAAGGAGAGUUAACAGUGGAGAUGCAGAAGUGGGGUCCUCUCUUCUGAGACAUCCAUCUCCUGAACUUUCUCGGUUAAUCUCCGCCCACAGCUCUCUUUCCAAAGGAGAGAGAAAUUUCCAGUGGCCUGUUCUGGCAUUUGUAAUCCAACAUCAUGACUUGGAGGGACUUGAAAUAGCAAUGAAACAAGCUUUAAGAAAAUCAGCUUGCCGAGUUUUUGCCAUGGAGGCAUUUAAUUGGCUUCUCUGUAAUGUCAUUCAAACAACAUCUCUUCAUGAUAUCCUGUGGCAUUUUGUGGCUUCUCUUACCCCUGCCCCUGUGGAGCCAGAGGAAGAAGAUGAUGAGGAGAACAAAGCAAACAAAGAAAAUAUUGAACAAGAAAAGGAUACAAGAGUUUGUGAACAUCCAUUGUCAGACAUAGUGAUUGCUGGUGAAGCAGCUCAUCCUUUACCCCACACUUUCCAUCGUCUACUACAGACAAUCUCUGAUCUCAUGAUGUCUCUCCCAAGUGGAAGUUCAUUACAACAGAUGGCUCUGAGAUGCUGGAGCCUCAAAUUCAAGCAAUCUGACCAUCAGUUUCUGCACCAGAGUAAUGUAUUUCACCACAUUAAUAACAUUCUGUCCAAGUCUGAUGAUGGAGAUAGUGAAGAGAGCUUUAGUAUCAGUAUCCAGUCUGGUUUUGAAGCUAUAAGUCAGGAAUCAUGUAUAGUAGUUUGUCUAAAAGAUUUAACCAGCAUUGUUGAUAUUAAAACAUCAAGCCGACCAGCCAUGAUUGGAAGUUUAACUGAUGGGUCAACGGAAACCUUCUGGGAAUCGGGUGAUGAAGAUAAAAAUAAAACAAAAAACAUUACAAUUAAUUGUGUCAAAGGAAUUAAUGCUCGCUAUGUGUCUGUCCAUGUUGAUAACUCAAGGGAUCUUGGGAACAAAGUGACUUCAAUGACCUUUUUAAUAGGAAAAGCAGUAGAAGAUCUUUGUAGAAUAAAACAGGUUGACUUGGAUUCAAGGCAUAUUGGCUGGGUAACAAGCGAACUUCCUGGUGGAGAUAACCAUAUCAUCAAAAUUGAAUUGAAAGGGCCAGAGAAUACCCUUAGAGUUAGGCAAGUGAAAGUACUGGGAUGGAAGGAUGGUGAAAACAUCAAAAUAGCAGGCCAGAUCUCAGCAAGUGUAGCUCAACAAAGAAACUGUGAAGCUGAGACACUUCGAGUCUUCAGACUCAUUACAUCUCAGGUAUUUGGAAAACUCAUAUCUGGAGAUGCAGAGCCUACGCCAGAGCAAGAAGAAAAGGCUCUGCUGUCUUCACCUGAAGGAGAAGAAAAAGUACACAAUGCCACUUCAGAUGCAGACCUGAAGGAGCACAUGGUUGGAAUCAUAUUCAGUAGAAGUAAACUGACCAAUUUGCAAAAGCAGGUUUGUGCUCAUAUCGUACAAGCUAUCCGUAUGGAAGCCACUCGUGUACGUGAAGAAUGGGAACAUGCCAUUUCUAGCAAGGAGAAUGCUAACUCUCAGCCCAGUGAUGAAGAUGCAUCAUCUGAUGCCUAUUGUUUUGAGCUGCUCUCCAUGGUGCUGGCACUGAGUGGUUCUAACGUUGGGCGUCAGUAUUUGGCUCAGCAACUGACUUUGCUUCAGGAUCUCUUCUCACUGCUACAUACUGCUUCUCCCAGGGUACAGAGGCAGGUAACAUCCUUACUGAGGCGUGUGCUGCCAGAAGUAACUCCUAGUCGCUUGGCUAGUAUCAUAGGGGUCAAGGCACUACCCCCAGCGGAUAUAAGUGAUAUCAUUCAUUCAACAGAGAAGGGAGAUUGGAAUAAACUGGGUAUCUUGGACAUGCUUCUGGGAUGUAUUGCCAAAGCACUCACUGUACAGCUAAAGGCCAAAGGAACCACAAUAACUGGUACAGCUGGUACUGCAGCUGGCAAAGGGGUAACUACGGUUACACUGCCAAUGAUUUUCAAUUCCAGUUAUCUUAGACGAGGUGAAAGCCAUUGGUGGAUGAAAGGCUCAACCCCAACACAAAUUUCAGAGAUCAUUAUUAAACUCAUAAAAGACAUGGCAGCUGGUCACUUGUCUGAAGCUUGGUCUCGUGUAACAAAAAAUGCUAUUGCAGAAACAAUCAUUGCUUUGACCAAAAUGGAAGAGGAAUUUAGAUCACCAGUGCGGUGUAUUGCAACUACUCGGCUCUGGCUAGCACUUGCAUCCCUUUGUGUGCUCGAUCAGGACCAUGUAGACAGACUUUCCUCUGGAAGAUGGAUGGGAAAGGAUGGGCAGCAAAAACAGAUGCCCAUGUGUGAUAACCAUGAUGAUGGAGAAACUGCUGCAAUCAUCCUGUGUAAUGUCUGUGGCAAUCUCUGUACAGAUUGUGAUAGGUUCCUUCAUCUUCAUCGGCGAACGAAAUCUCACCAGAGACAGGUAUUCAAAGAGGAGGAAGAAGCGAUUAAGGUUGAUCUUCAUGAAGGCUGCGGUAGGACCAAACUGUUUUGGCUGAUGGCACUAGCAGAUUCCAAAACUAUGAAGGCAAUGGUGGAGUUCAGAGAACAAACAGGCAAACCGACCACAAGCAGUUCUGAAGCAUGUCGUUUCUGUGGCUGCCGAAAUGGAACAGAAUUAUCAGCAGUAGGCAGUGUCUGUUCUGAUGCUGACUGUCAGGAGUAUGCUAAGAUAGCUUGCAGUAAAACACAUCCUUGUGGUCAUCCCUGUGGAGGGGUCAAGAAUGAAGAGCACUGCUUGCCCUGUUUGCACGGUUGUGACAAGAGCACCACCACCCUUAAACAAGAUGCAGACGACAUGUGUAUGAUCUGUUUCACAGAAGCACUUUCAGCCGCACCAGCUAUUCAGCUGGACUGUAGUCACAUAUUCCACUUGCAGUGCUGUUGUCGAGUUCUAGAAAACAGAUGGCUUGGGCCACGGAUAACAUUUGGGUUCAUGUCCUGUCCUAUUUGCAAGAACAAAAUUAAUCAUAUAGUAUUAAAAGAGUUGCUUGAUCCUAUCAAGGAGCUCUAUGAAGAUGUAAAAAGGAAAGCAUUAAUGAGACUGGAAUAUGAAGGGCUGCACAAAAGCGAGGCUAUCACAACACCUGGAGUUCGGUUCUAUAAUGACCCUGCUGGCUAUGCUAUGAACAGAUAUGCCUAUUACGUUUGCUACAAAUGCAAAAAGGCUUAUUUUGGUGGAGAAGCACGUUGUGAUGCAGAGGCUGGCCAAGGAGAUGACUAUGAUCCCAGAGAGCUCAUUUGUGGUGCCUGCUCUGAUGUUUCAAGGGCUCAGAUGUGUCCAAAACAUGGUACAGAUUUUCUAGAGUACAAAUGCCGCUAUUGCUGCUCAGUGGCUGUGUUUUUUUGUUUUGGGACAACACAUUUUUGCAAUGCUUGUCAUGAUGACUUCCAAAGAAUGACAAGCAUUCCUAAAGAAGAACUUCCACAUUGUCCUGCAGGUCCCAAAGGCAAGCAGCUUGAAGGAACAGAAUGUCCCCUCCAUGUAGUCCAUCCACCUACUGGUGAGGAAUUUGCACUAGGCUGUGGAGUCUGCAGAAAUGCACAUACUUUUUAGUCCAUAAUUCUUUUGUUUGCCAGAAACAAAGCUGCUGUCAUCCCAUAAGUGUCCUGAAUUCAGUAUAAACCACAAUUGGAAAGAAUAUGGGACCAUUUCAUAAUCCAGGGAAAGGAAAAUGAGAGCGCGAGAAGGAUGCCAAAUACCUUGUACAUAAUCCUUGCUAUGGGAAACUGACAUUUAUGACUCAAGAAAUAAAAUCUUGUGAGGUGUUUGCAUGUGGCCAUUACGCGCAUCAGCUACGAAGCAUUGGACACUUACAAAUAAAUAACUGCUAUCAAAGAAGCAUUCUAGGCUCUGUUUCCAUGGACUCCAAAUGAUGCUGGAUAUCAGAUGAAGAAAAAGUUGAUUAUUGUAUACUGACUUUUUUGUAAUCCUGUACAAUUGUAACUGCAUCACGGGUAGGGGGUGGAAAACAGAAGUAUUCUGGUUUAUUUCUUAGACUGUUAUUUAAAAUAAAAAGUGUUAGGAAGGCAUUAAUGUAACCAGUAUCACACUGUAUAUAUAUAAGAUCAAUGUUUGUCCUGUUUAAGAAUUACUAAAUUGUAAACAGCAGUUUCAUUUAAACUUCUGGGUUAUGUUUGAGCCUGAAAUUUUAAUGAAGUGCAAUACUGAGUGUGCCUCAUAUCUUGCAGCUGUAAACAUAAUGGAAUGUAUAUGUCAAUAAAGCCGCUGUACAUUUUUAUACAGUGAAAGUCUAA